AUGUUGGAAUCAAAAUUGCCACUAGAGCUAGGCGAGAUGAAAAGCAUUGAGACGAUGAAUCUUUCGCAUAAUAGGAUGUCGGGUUCCAUCCCAAAAAGCUUUGAUCAUUGCUUCAGUUUGAUUUCCAUUGAUAUAUCCUACAAUCAAUUGGAAGGUCCUCUCCCCAACACCAGCGCAUUUCAAAAAGCUCCAUUUGAUGCUCUGACAAACAAUAAAUGUUUAUGUGGCACUGUUUCCGGUUUGAAUCCUUGCUCUCAAUCAACUCAAAAGAAGACUAGUAGAAGGACAUUUAAAAGAAUGAUCUUUCUAAUUGUCGCUCCAAUGCUAGCAACCAUGCUUCUUUUGAUCGUGGUCAUGGGAAUCUUCAUUCGUGCAAGGUCAGGGACGAGAAGCGUGGAGAACAAGCCUCAGGAAUUUGCUAGAAAUGUAUUCUCUGUCUGGAGCUUUGAUGGGAAAAUGAUCUAUCAGAACAUUAUUGAUGCAAUAGAGAAUUUCAACCCCAAGUAUUGCAUUGGAGCGGGAGGAUUUGGAAGUGUAUUUAGAGCAGAGUUGCCAAAUGGUCAAGUGGUUGCUGUCAAGAAACUUCAUGCAACGGAUGGUGAUGCCUUGUGGAGGCCAAAAGAUUUCGCCAAUGAGAUUCGUGCACUAACAAAUAUAAGGCAUCGCAAUAUCGUGAAGCUAUAUGGAUUUUGUUCACAUGUGCAACACACUUUCUUGGUUUAUGAAUUCUUGGAAGGUGGAAGCUUGAUGCACUUGUUGACAAAUGAUGAAACAGCAGCCAAGUUUGAUUGGAUCAAGAGGGUAAACAUUGUUAAAGAUGUUGCAAAUGCAUUAUCUUACAUGCAUCAGAAUUGUUCGCAUUCCAUAAUUCAUCGAGAUAUAUCUAGCAAAAAUAUUUUGUUAGACUCUGAGUAUCAAGCCCAUAUUUCUGACUCUGGCACCGCAAGAAUCUUGAUGCCUGAUUCAUCUCAUUGGAGUUCAUUUGCUGGAACAUAUGGAUAUGCUGCCCCAGAACUUGCUUAUACCAUGGAAGUAAAUGAAAAAUGUGAUGUUUAUAGUUUUGGAGUAUUAGCUUUAGAAGUGAUCUUGGGCAAGCAUCCAGGUGAUCUUAUAUUGUCAACAUUGUCGGCAUCAUCAUCUACUUCAACAGCACAUGAUAUACUGCUGAAAGACAUUAUGGAUCCUCGACUUUCAUCUCCAAGUAAGCAAGAGUCUAAACAAGUGACCUUGGUGGCAAAGCUAGCAUUAUCAUGCAUAGAACCCAAUUCUCAAUUAAGGCCGACAAUGAAGCAAGUGUGCAUCCAACUGUUGAAGGAAAUACCAUCUCAAUUCAACAUAUUUCCAAUGGUUACAAUUGGACAACUUCUGGACCUAUAA